AUGGCUCCUCCUACAGCGCAAAGCAAGGCGCAGACCAGAGCUCAGGAUAGAAUUGCUGCGGUUCACAGUACAGCCAGAAGAUCGAAGCGCAACGCUCCGGUUCCCGAUGAUGACCGCGAUGUAUAUCGUAGCCUGAUAUCUGAGGCAUCUAUUCCAGAAGUGACUGAAAGACCUCUCAAAAGACCCAGACUUCCAAGGCAGCGACAGACUCAAACUUCAACCACCGAUGCGUCUGCAACAUCACAUCAGCAGCCUGAGGAUGAGAAACAGGCGCCAAAUGGUCACAAUCUUGAAGAACAAGCAGCAUCUAGACCACAGCAAACCAUAAUUGAUUCUGAUGAGUCCGAAGAUGAUGACAUGGACUGGGAGCAAGUUGGUUUGGACCACGUCGAGCCCAAACAGUCUGCUCCUCGAAAAGAUGAUGAAUUUGGAGACAUAUCACUGGAAAUCAGUACCAAACAAGCCCAGAAAAAAGCGAUAGCGAAACGGAAGCCUGCCACUACAGCAGAAAAGUUAUUGAGGCUUGAAGCUCACGAAGCUCAUCUCUUAUUCCUCCUCUUCCACGUCCAUAUUCGCAAUGCUUGGUGUAAUUUGCCAGAAGUAAAGAAUAAGCUGAAAGCCAUCCUCAUGCCGGAAAUCGUAUCGCUACUACAUCCCGAUCAAUCUCUCAUUCAGUUCGGACAGUCAGAGCAGUUCUUGACUGGACUGCAGAAAGCUGUUUUCGUCUGGAGACAUAAAUUUAAUGUGACAACUUCUGGCCUACGUCGACCGAAUUGGGCAGAGGGCCCAGAAGGAAUCAAAGAGCAAAUAAGGACCAUACAAGAAGAGAUGCCACCCGUCGAGAAGAGUGACUUCAUCAAGGCAGCUACGACCUUUUCGGGCUCUCAAGAUGUGGGUGCACAGCUUUUUUGUGCUCUUCUGAGGUGUGUCGGCGUCGAGGCUCGAUUGGUCUGCUCACUACAACCUCUUCCUUUCGGUACAACUGCGACUAAAUCAGCCACGCCACUCAAAAGCAAACCAAGUGUGUACGCAGGAAGCGACAAAGACAACACGAGUGGUGGAGAGACAUCUGGAGGUUCUGCAUCUGAAGGUUCAAGUUCUUCCCGGCGCAGAAUUAUUGCUCCUGGUCGCGUUCGACGACUUGGAAACGCAGCUCUAAAUGCAGGCUCUGUUGCACCUAGUCCUAAACCGCCGGCAAGGAAGAAAAAACGACCAAUUCGUACGCUCGAGUACCCAGUGUACUGGGUAGAAGCAUUCAACGAAGCUUAUCAGAAAUGGGUACCCGUGGAUGCCGUAGUGACAGGUACAGUCGCGAAACCGAGCAAAUUAGAGCCGCCUGCUUCUUACGAGGCAAACGCCAUGACCUAUGUGGUAGCUUUCGAGGACAACGGCAUCGCAAGGGAUGUGACUCGUCGCUAUACCAAGGCCUACAACGCGAAGACCCGCAAGUUAAGAGUGGAGGUAACAGAAAGAGGAGAGGAAUGGUGGCGCAAAGCGCUCAAAGUGUUCCGGAGACCAACCUAUCUCGACCGUGAUCAGCUUGAGGAUGCUGAAUUUGCAAAGAAAGACGCCUCUGAGGGGUUGCCAAACAACGUGCAAGAUUUCAAAGACCAUCCCUAUUAUGCUUUGGAACGACAUCUCAAGAGGCACGAAGUGAUCUGGCCGAAGAGAGCAAGCGGAAAAGUCUCAGUAGGCAAAGGGGCCUUGGAACCUGUUUAUCGACGCAGCGAUGUGCACAUUGUACGCAGCGCCGACAAAUGGUACAGAUUUGGUCGCGAGAUCAAGCCGAACGAACACCCACUCAAGCAUGUCCCUGCAAGAGUGUCCAAAAGCCGAGCUCAAGACCUGGAUGAUGCUGAUACGGACGAACCGCCGGCCACGGCUCUCUAUGCUUUCAAUCAAACAUCGUUAUACGUGCCACCUCCUGUUGUCAAUGGCAGGAUUCCGAAGAAUGCUUUUGGUAAUCUCGACAUCUAUGUGCCAUCCAUGGUUCCUCCUGGAGGUUGUCACAUCCGAUAUACGUUGGCCAAGAAUGCAGCUCGGCUUCUUGGUAUCGACUAUGCCGAUGCCGUGACCGGUUUCCAAUUCAAAGGACGUCAUGGCACAGCCAUCACAUCUGGUGUCGUCGUUGCGGAAGAGUACCGUGAGGCUAUGGAGGCCGUCAUAGAGGGCUUCCAGUACGAGCAGGAGAAUGAAGAAGCUCGACUGUACAGCUUGGAGUGUUUGAAGCUCUGGCGACGCUUCCUGGCUGGUCUGCGCAUCAAGGAAAGAUUGAGCGAAUACACUACUACUGACCCCAAGACUGCCAAGACGGAGAUCGUCAAAGCAAAGAUGGAUGAGGCGGAGGAAGUAGAAGAUGAUCCGAUGGAGGCUGGUGGCUUCUUUCCGGACGCAGGCGAAGUCACAAAGCCGACUGCUCAUCGAUUCACUGAUGCUACCGAAUCUGACCGUGAGUUCGACAUCGCUGAGCAGGCACCUCGACUCAGGAGACAAAGGAAGACUAUGGUUGAAAGCGAUCCUGAGAGCGAAGCACAGAGCGAAGAAGAGUACAUACCGCCACCUCGGAAGCCACCUGUCAGACGUCGUCGCAUGUUGACCGAGAGUCCACCAACCUCGGAGAACGCGCACUACGAUCCACGCAACCAGGAAGGGGGUGGGUUUAUGCCAGAAGAUCCCGGAGAGAGUGAAAAACUCGACGAUGGCUUCUUGCCAGAUGCAGAUGCGAGUGAACUUGGAGGCGGCUUCGUACCGGAAAGCAAUGAUCCCGGUAUAGCUGAGGCUGCGUCUACUGGUGAAUUUGGCGGUGGUUUUGUACCAGAAGAUGAGGACGCGCUUGAGUCUGGGGGCGGUUUCGUUCCCGACAACGACGAAGACUUCUCUGGAGGCGGGUUCUUGCCAGACACUGAUGGUUCUGAGGCUCAGUCAAACGCUCAGCAGCCAUCGAAUGAAGUGCAGGUGGAUGCAAAAGAGCAAGGCGGAGAUGUUGUGCCCGAUAAGCAGGAGGAUGAUACCUUUGAUCCUGAUGAGGCAGAUGAUACCUUUGAUCCCGAUGAGAUGGACAUUGGAACCACAAGUCUGCCUCGGGAGAACUCAACUGGCGCUCACCAACAAGAAGAAGAAGAUGAUGACCGUGGGUCAUUGUUGUCUCAUGACCCCGAGGACGACGAUGCAGAGCCAGACUGGUUGCAUAGCGACUAG